AUGGCCUCCUACUACGAGAACCACCCAUACAACACCCAGCACAGACGAGCUCAAACCGCUGAUUUUUACGAGCCGUCCUACACAACCUCCCGCCCCUCUAACAGCCGUUGGGGAGGCCCUACCGAUUUAGUCCGCCCUGACGAGCCCGAGGACUCCCACGUCGAAGAGAUCCAGCGAGACUUUCCUCCAGGAUCGUGCACUAGUAGCCAUCGUACAGACCAUGGCAGAUCAGGCGGCGGUGCCAUCUACGCCAAGCGGAGAACAGCGCAUGACCCUAGUGUGAGGCGUACGCAUUCUGCUGGCGGUCGUGGUCGGGAUCGUCAUGGGGACUACUAUGCUCCAGAUGAAGGUUACCAACGCUCUCGUACACAUGGCUAUGGAAAUCGACUGCUAUGUCACCCAUUGGAGGUAGCAAUUAGUUACGACUUACGUGCAAGAAAGCUAAUUGAGAGGAUAGGCGAUCAUGAUCGUUACCGGCUGGCUACCAACCGGGUGGUCAAUGGACCUCGUUCCCGCUCUCGAUCUCGUGGGCGGGCACGGUCAGAAGGCCGCGGGGCAAAAGAGCUCGCUUCCGCCGGACUUCUGGCAGCUGUCGGGAAAUCUGCAUAUGAUCAUUUCGUUUCAAAGUCUCGAACUCGCGAGCGACGCUCUGCAAAUGAUUCCGAUGAUGACAGCAGCCCGGACCGAUCACGUCGUAGCCGGGGGAGCAAGAAGAGAAGCCAGAGCGUCUCGGAGUAUCUGAGCAAAGGCCUUGCUGCAUUGGGACUGGAAGAAGGAAAGCAGUCUUCCAGCCACGGUAACAGACGUCGUGGAAGACAACGAUAUGACGACGACAGCGACUCAGACAUUGGGUACUCUGAUAAAUACCGGUCGCGACGUCGGCGAAGUCAUUCCCGCGACAGUUAUUCCAGAGAUGUAGGUUCCCACCCCGCUUCUUCCUCCUUUUCCUCCUUACGGGACAGGGGUGCCGUGAUUCCUCUCUGUGUUAAUAAUGGCAAUGACACUGAUUCUGAAUCCUCCUGCCUCAGCACCGACGAGGAAAAACGCACUCAUAGGAAACUACGACGCCGCGAGAUCGUCACCACCGGGUUCCCAACACUAGCCACCGUUCAUGCGAGUCAUGCUAUCGUCAAGAGUCUCAAGAAGCGCGAGGAACGCAAAGCUCAGUUCCGCCAAGGCGAGAUCAUUUCCGACGAGGCACGCAGGCAGCGCACCAAGAAUAACCUGAAAGACGUGGCGAGCAUCGCCGUAGCAGCGAUUGGGAGCAAGAGUGCCGUUGACGAGCGGAGGGAUGCUGCUCAUCACCGCGCGGAAUGUAAUUCGUUCAAGGCCAGGUGUAGGAAAGAGAGGAAGGAAGGGCGUUCGACGAAAGAGGAGCGCGAGGCGAGGAGUUUGAAUGCGGAUGAUCGUGAUCAUCGCCUUAGCAAAAAUAGCAACAAUAGUAACUCACCGUCGCUGGCGAGUGUGAAGGAUGCGCCCAGUACAGAACAUAUUAUAACUAUAUGCACAAAUACAAAGGACGAAGCAAUUGAGAUAAAAACGAAAUGGGUAGUCCGGCAUUCGGCAAUCGAGCGAGUAUUUUUCAGCAUCUCUCGGACCGGAAGCCGACUUGACUGGCGAAACCUAUCUCAAGUGGAGACACGCAAACUCAAUAUUAAAAGGGGACGGAGAAUGGAAUGGUCUUGGACAGCGUCACGGAUGCCCCAACUCUUACGUAACAUGGAGGCCAAAAUCGUCCUGGUCCACCCGUCCCUGGUUAACACUGUUAUUGCAGCAGCAGAGAAGACCGAUAUCUCCCCGGACCGGUUAUUCUAG